AUGGCAAAGCAGUACGACUCGGUGGAGUGCCCUUUUUGUGAUGAGGUGACCAAAUAUGAGAAGCUCGCUAAAAUCGGCCAAGGCACCUUCGGGGAGGUGUUUAAGGCAAAGCACCGCAAGACCGGCCAAAAGGUGGCCCUGAAGAAGGUACUGAUGGAGAACGAGAAAGAGGGGUUCCCCAUUACAGCAUUGCGGGAGAUCAAGAUCCUCCAGCUUCUAAAACACGAGAAUGUGGUCAACUUGAUUGAGAUCUGUCGAACCAAAGCUUCCCCCUAUAAUCGCUGCAAAGGCAGUAUAUACCUGGUGUUUGAUUUCUGCGAGCAUGAUCUUGCCGGGCUGCUGAGCAACGUCUUAGUCAAGUUCACACUAUCUGAGAUCAAGAGGGUCAUGCAGAUGUUGCUUAACGGCCUCUACUACAUCCACAGGAACAAGAUCCUGCACCGGGACAUGAAGGCGGCUAACGUGCUCAUCACCCGCGAUGGGGUUCUGAAGCUGGCGGACUUUGGGCUGGCCCGGGCCUUCAGCCUGGCCAAGAACAGCCAGCCCAACCGCUACACCAACCGUGUGGUGACCCUCUGGUACCGGCCCCCAGAGCUGUUGCUCGGGGAGCGGGACUACGGCCCCCCCAUUGAUCUGUGGGGCGCUGGGUGCAUCAUGGCGGAGAUGUGGACCCGCAGCCCCAUCAUGCAGGGCAACACGGAACAGCACCAGCUCGCCCUCAUCAGCCAGCUCUGCGGCUCCAUCACCCCUGAGGUGUGGCCAAAUGUGGACAAGUAUGAGCUGUUUGAGAAAGUAGAGCUGGUCAAGGGCCAGAAGCGGAAGGUGAAGGACAGGCUGAAGGCCUACGUGCGAGACCCCUACGCGCUGGACCUCAUUGACAAGCUGCUGGUGCUGGAUCCCGCCCAGCGCAUCGACAGCGACGACGCCCUCAACCAUGACUUCUUCUGGUCCGACCCCAUGCCCUCGGACCUCAAGGGCAUGCUGUCCACCCACCUGACAUCCAUGUUCGAGUACCUGGCACCUCCACGCCGGAAGGGCAGCCAGAUCACCCAGCAGUCUACCAACCAGAGCCGGAAUCCCGCCACCACCAACCAGACGGAGUUUGAGCGCGUCUUCUGA